AUGGGCAACGUGUACAAGUUUAAGGAGCGUAUAAAAUGUUUUGAUCUGUUAUUACCAUACCUCCUCCUAAUGAAUUGCAUUACAUUUUUGUUUUUGAAUCUAGCUUCUGCUAUUGCCCACAAGGAUAUUCUCAACGCCUAUAACAACUUGAGAUCCGAAAUUGCAAAUGGGACAUUCACAAUGAAGUUGCAGUUUCCUGAUAUUACAAUUCCAUUGGCACCUGCAGCAGGAAUGCUGAAACUGAAAUGGAACUGCCGUCUAGCGGCUCUUGCUCAAGCCUAUGUGGAUUCAUGUCCCAGUUAUCAGGACUUACGCGUACAUAAACCGAAAUUUCCUGUUACGUAUAGUUUCCUGGACGCUAAUUUACAAGAACACAUAAAAGAUCCAGUACUGUAUCGAUUCAAGAUAUUGGAGAUGGAUUUUCGUAGAGGCUAUAUUAAUGAUGAUUGGUUCAAAAAACUAAUCUCCUCAAAAUCUAUUGGCUGCGCAUUCAACAAUUGUUCGGAGAAUGUGUUGUUCGUCUGUUACUACAAAGAGCAAAUAUAUGAGGACUUUAAAUUUCCUGUGAAUGGUGGUGCGGAACCUGGAAGAUUUAUCAAAGAACUUGAUGAUUAUGUUCCACGAUACAAGGAAGGAAAAGCGUGUUCAGCUUGUCCUCCACCAACUUCAUGUCGUGGUUCUUCAGUUCUCUGUUCUUGAAAAUUAAUAAACGUUUUAAGUGCUUCAUGAUGAUCCUAUAGUAAUCCAGU